GCUGUGAUUUUAUGUUUUUUGCUCUAAGAUUUAUGCUUUACAUUUUUAGUUGUGGCUUUGAAUUUUUUUAUGUAGAUUUUUCUAAAGCAUUGAAUAAAAACUCUAGAGAAAUUGAAUUCCAAAGUUUCUACAGCUUCUUUCAAUCACCCCCAUAGAUUAGUAAGCAUAUUUAGAUAAAGUUCUAUAUGCUUUCAUUUACCCCACAUGUGAUUAAUAACACUCUUAAUUUGUUUGAAUGGGGCAAGAAAAAACAGGAGAUUAAUUCUGUAUGCAUUUCCACACCUCUUAAGUACACCUCUUCAGGAAUGAUCACUGAAGGAUUGACAGUAACAGCAGGUAGAAGAAGACCCUGCGUUUUGAGACUUCUAUCAACUUUGUUUCUUAUUUUUUCAACCUGAGGUGGACUAUGGUUUGAGAUAUUAUUUAUUGCAGAAGAUACAGAUGUUUGUAUCUCUCUGCUUGAAUUACCAGCCAAUUCCACAACAGCUGAAUAAUAAACCUUCUUUGACAGACCUAGGAUCUUAGCUGGUAAAGCCUUUGUUGAAGUGGAAGAACGCAGAAUAUAUAGAAUAAGAGCGAUUUUGUUUGGUCAGAACUUUGUUCCGUUUGAUCAGUGAAACCUUGAUUUGAAAGAGAAGAUUUGAGGACCAGUGUAACGACCCGCUUCCAAAGUUUUUUUUAAUUUUGAAGAAAAUAGAACACAAGAGGUUUUAUUCUAUAAAGAGUGUAUUUUCCUAAGUGUAGAAACACUUGUAAUCAUGAAAAUUGGGGUAAAAGAUGUAUUUUGACUAAGUGUCGGAUCUUAAAUGAGCUGAUGGAAUAAAGUCAGAACUGGCGGAGUGAUGGUAAACUGAUCAUGAAACGAUCAUAGCAUACAUAAAGAAAGAUCAAGACCAAUUAAGGAAUGUUCGGCUGUUGGACAAUGAAUGUUUCAAGUAAAGAAAAUUUGACUAGCCACCAUUGCAGGAUAAUACAAACGUAAGGUUGGAUCUACGUGAGUCAGGCAAAGAAAGAAUCGAAGAUAUCAAGUCAAGCCAUUGACGGUGAUAUUUGACCAAGCCAAAUAAGGAAAAUGACAUUAAGUGACCGGCUUGGUGAGGAAGUGACCUUAAUGGUUCUACACUAUGAGGUCAGGAAUUCGAUCCCAAGAAAAAGCAGAAUUAUACUAAUUAAUGGAGAGAAAGCUUACAAAAGAUCUGCAACAUGACGCAAGAAGUAACGUCAAGCGUGGAUCUCAUAGGACGUCUCAUGUGAUACAGUCAUGCAUGAGUCCUCAUAAGACAAGUAGAAUUAUCGGUUAUUGCCGGAACUCCUUAUGUUUUUUGGGGGAAAAAGUCCCAAAAUCGCUUUAUUUUCACUCUCCCUCUCGUUUUUUCCAGGUAAAAUAAGAAAUGAAAAAAUACGGUUCCAUGUAAUCCCGCAUGAUCCGUUUUGGGCCAUCCCGCAAAAGAUCCAGUCCCGUAAAGACCCGUCCUUCGAAGCCUGCAAAUUUACGGGCGUAGAAAACUUCGUCCCAAUAUCAUUCCGCGACAGUCUUUUACGGGUAAGGCCCGCGGUCCAAGUCCAUGAUUACAAUUUCUGAUAGUAAAUGAUAUGGUUUUAUAUAUUUCUUUUUUAAAACACUGAACAUAUAUGCAAAUGCAGAAUAAAAUCAUUUUUAUUUGCACAUUUCCUUUUCUUGUGGAAGAAAAGCAAAUUGAUUUUCUCUUCUUAUUCUCAUUAUUAAUUAAAAAGAAAAGAAAAAAACGAAACUAUCUCUUGUUCUGAUUACAACGUUCUUAUCAAAAGGAAGAACCUGACAAACCUGCCUAUAAAUAUUCGCGUUAUCUCCUAAGGCAUAUUCACUUUGGUUUAAGCAAAACAUUUUGAGAAAGAGAUGGAGAAGGAGAGGGGACAUGUAUUGGCAGUGCCAUAUCCAACCCAAGGACACAUUACACCAAUCCGCCAAUUUUGUAAACGACUCAUCUCUAAAGGUCUCAAAACCACUCUCACUCUCACCACUUUCAUCUUCAAAUCCAUCAAACCUGACCCAUCUGGUCCAGUCCCCAUAGCCACCAUCUCCGACGGCUAUGACGAUCACGGCUUCGACCCAUCUGGCUCCAUCCAUGACUACCUCCAAAACUUCAAAACCUUCGGAUCCAAAACCAUUGCAGACAUCAUCCGCAAACACCAGACAAGUGAUAACCCCAUCACUUGUAUCGUCUAUGAUGCUUUCAUGCCAUGGGCACUCGACGUGGCCCGAGAGUUUGGUUUAGCUGCAACCCCUUUCUUUACGCAGUCAUGUGCUGUUAACUUCGUUUACUAUCUUUCUUACAUAAACGAAGGAAUCUUGAAGCUUCCCGUUGUAGACUUGCCUUUUCUUGAGCUCCAAGAUUUGCCUUCUUUUUUGUCUGUUUCUGGAUCUUAUCCUGCUUACUUUGAGAUGGUGCUCCAACAGUUUACAAACUUUGAAAAAGCUGAUUUCAUACUCGUUAAUACCUUCCAAGAGCUGGAGCCUCAUGAGAAAGAGUUGUUGUCAAACGUUUGUCAUGUAUUGACAAUUGGUCCGACUAUUCCAUCGAUGUACUUAGACCAAAGGAUCAAAUCAGACACGGCCUACGAUUUGAAUAUCUUUGAUUCAAAAGAUGCUGCCUUCUGCACUAGCUGGCUGGACACAAGGCCACAAGGGUCGGUGGUGUAUGUAGCAUUUGGUAGCUUGGCUGAGCUGAACAAUGCGCAGAUGGAGGAGCUUGCUUCAGCAGUAAGCAACUUCAACUUCUUGUGGGUUGUCAGAGGUUCAGAGGAGGCAAAACUGCCAUCAGGGUUUCUUGAGACAGUGGAUAAAGACAAGGGUUUGGUCUUGAAAUGGAGUCCUCAGCUUGAAGUUCUAUCAAACAAAGCCAUCGGUUGUUUCUUGACUCACUGUGGCUGGAACUCAACUAUGGAGGCAUUAACUUUUGGAGUUCCCAUGGUGGCUAUGCCUCAGUGGACCGAUCAACCUAUGAACGCAAAGUACAUACAAGAUGUGUGGAAGGCUGGAGUCUGUGUGAAGAUAGACAAUGAGAGUGGGAUUGCGAAGAGAGGGGAGAUUGAGUUUAGCAUUAAGGAAGUGAUGGAAGGAGAGAAGAGCGAAGAGAUGAAGGAGAAUGCGAAGAAAUGGAGAGACUUGGCUGUCAAGUCACUCAGUGAAGGAGGCUCUACAGAUGUUAACAUUGACACAUUUGUAUCAAAGGUCCAGAGCAAAUAAGUUAUCAGAUGAAGCAGCAAAUAUCUCUUCUAUAGUGUCUUAUUGUGUCAGUCUUUCGUUCAGUGCAAUUUUAUGUUGAUUCUUCAUUUGGUUACUUCCCAAUAUUACAAUGUUUUCUACCAUAUUGUCUUUGUUUUAAUAGAUUUUCUGCCUUCAUGUUUUUAUCAUCACUCUUCAGUACUA